UUGGAUUCUACUCAACAACAAUUUUCCCUUCUCACCAACAAAUAAGGUGCCAUUUUCCCUCACUCAAACAACAAGAAGAAAUGGCAUGCUUUGAGAGGGCAUCACCAGCAUUGAAGGAAAUCCUUCUCAGGAUACACAGAGCAGAAAAACCUCUCGAGGUAGACCACCACGUGCACGAAUUUGGCUCCAUACACUACCACAUUAAGCAUUCAGUGUCAGAUCCAGUUUACACCUAUUUAUCAGUGUCAACACCUCUUCUAUCUCAAGGCCUCCCAAUCUCAUCACAGCUUCCUCAUCACACGCUCCAGAUGGUUAAUGGGAUUUUCCCCGAGGUUAUGGAGGCGCUCGUGCCUCCCAACGAGGGCUAUCAACUCACUCUGAAGCUCAACAUUUCAAGAAUUCCACGGGAUAAAGCCUCGACAAAGAUGAUUUCAGACAUAGCCUCAGUGCAAGCAGUGCUAGUGAGCUCUCAGCUGAAGGAAAUCUUAAGGAAUGUUAAUUCUCAAGAAGAUAUUGCUCAUGCGAUUUAUAAGCCAAUCAAACUCAUAUAUCAUCCAAGGGAACCAUUCUUCGUCAUCAAACAGGCAACAAAGAUGAGUGCAGUAUUUCCAAUGCGCUUCAAGGAAAAAGAGGACGUUAUCAUAGCAACGGCCUUCUUUCAGGAACUCAUGGAUGUGGGGAGCUCAGAAGCAUUCGGAAAGGCCCCUCAUUGCAUAUGGUCGCCUAUUCCGCCUGCAGAGUUGAGAGGAGAGCCGAUUGAAGAUCUCAGCACCAAUGGCGGAUUCCUCUCUUUCGACAUCACAUCGCGCCAUGUACAAGGCAAGAAGCUGGACAAGACAGUAUGGAACCUACUCAACUUGUAUACUUUUGUCAAGUACCAUGUCAAGAGCACUAGAGGCUUCAUACAAAGACGAAUGAGAAUGCGGCUCGAUAAGCUAGUUGAGCCGCUGCAUGAUGUGGAAAUGGAAGAAGAUGCUCAAGUGAUGAAAAAGAAGAGCCGACAUAAGACAGGGUGUACGAAUGCACGGAAAUGGAUAAGGGCUUCGAAAAGGAAGAUUCUUGAAAGGAAUGAGGAGUUGGGUAAUAAAAUGAAGCGAAUUCGUUGGAGAAUCAAGAUCCAUGGCUUCACCCGUUUUCGUAGGAAAUGGCUAAGAAUGCCCAACUUCUCUCCGGUUACGACCUAUAUGAAGCUGGAAUAAUUUUUUACAUUUCAAUCUCAAAUUUGCUUUGCUACCUCUAUCAAAUAAAUCAUCUUAAUUACAGGAUUCUUCUAAGAAUUGGAUUUCCAUGUUUUUGUCAAAA